CGCUCGCGGUUUGUUAGUACUUCCGGUGACGCUGCAUUUAUGCGCCCAUCGGCUGACUGGACGGAAGCCCGGGUGAAUGCUGUGGCGAUGCCCUUGGAGGUGACAUGGCCCUUCCCACAAUGCCCCCGUCUUGGCUGGAGAAUGUCCAGCAGAGUGGUCAUGGGAAUGGUGGGCUCAUACAGUUACCUUUGGACCAAUUAUUUUAACUCGUUGGUGGUGCACAACCAGGAUGUUUUGUUGGACCUGGUUGAUGAGCGUCCUCAGGACACGCCUCUUAUCACAGUGUGCAAUCAUCAGUCCUGUAUGGAUGAUCCACACAUCUGGGGAGUCCUGAAGCUCCGGCAUCUGUGGAACUUUAACAGGAUGAGAUGGACACCUGCUGCAUCUGACAUCUGUUUCACAAGAGAAGUCCACUCCAGCUUCUUCAGCAGAGGGAAAUGUGUUCCUGUUGUUAGAGGAGAUGGAGUGUAUCAGAAAGGAAUGGAUUUUCUCUUGGAAAGGCUGAAUCAAGGGGAGUGGGUACACAUAUUUCCAGAAGGUAGAGUUAACAUGACUGGAGAGUUUAUGAGGAUAAAAUGGGGAAUUGGGCGAUUGAUUGCGGAGUGCUCUCUUCACCCAAUCAUUUUACCCAUGUGGCAUGUAGGUAUGAAUGAUGUUUUACCAAAUCAAACGCCAUACGUCCCUCGAGUAGGACAGCGAAUAACGGUUGUAGUUGGAAAGCCGUUCACUGUCAGACAUUUGGUAAAUGCACUGAGAGCUGACCACAUAAGUCCGAUGGAAAUGCGGAAAACACUGACAGACUUUAUUCAAGGGGAGUUUCGCAGUUUGAAAGGACAGGCAGAGGUUCUUCAUCAAAGGAUACGGAAACACUCAUGACCCAAGAAGGGACGAAUUACAGGAUGAAGGGCUAUACACUAACCCCGGCCUUACAACACAGCAUUGACACUUGAGGAGAAACGGUCAUAUAGAUGACAACACCCAAAGGCAAAAUGAUGUCCUCGGGUGUCUGUUCAUUUAUGUGUGGACAGUCACACAUGGUCUGAGGAGAACAAAGAUCUUUUUUUUUCUAAUAGAGGAGUUACACCUCUAUAGAGAAAGUAAAUUAAUUUUGAGCAAUGUGCAGGACGUCAGGACUGGAAAUGCCUUGUAGACUGUGGAAGCACAAUGUAUUGUUCUACAGUCUUUUUUUCCCCCUCCAAUUUAAUUGUACAGAUUACGGCACCCAACAAAAAUUGCUUCAGCAUUCAGAACUAUGAAAGUAGCCUUUUUACAUUCUAGAGUGUUAAUGAUUCAUUCGCUUUAAAAAGAAAAAAAAGAAGACUUUUCCUUUAAACGUCUGAACUUGUUCAAUUUGUACACUCGGUUGUCAUAGCUGCGUCAGUGAUUAUUUUGACAACAAAAUCAAAUUCUUGAUUUAAAGUGGGACUGUUGAAGUAUUUUUUUCUAUCAAAUUACAAAUCAAAUUUGAAAUGCAGGAUGCUAGCUGUUCAGUGUAUACAUAUAUAAUGCAGUAUUUGGCUAUAAAUACACCGUACAUACAAAAUAUUCAAGACAUUAUUUCAGAAUUUUCAAAAAAAUGUUAUUUUUAUAAAACAUAAUUCCGUUAGAAGGCAUUUCUGCAACAACUUCUAUAUUUUAAAUAAUGGCAAGUGAUGAAAAUCUGAGUGGACAUUAAAGAUUGAAAUAAAAGAUGUCUCUCUUGUGUGACCUAUAAGGCACAAACAGAAAACAUGACAAUAAACAGUUAAUUAAGCAUUGCUAAUUUAACGGUCUAAAUCAAACAUUUACCAAAAUAGCAUACCAAAAUAAGAGGGAUCAUGCAAAAUGCAUUUUAUUGUUCAUUAAGUACUGACCUGAAUAAUAUAUUUCACAUAAAAGAUGUUUAGUUCUUUUCUACAACAUGUUUUUUGAUUCUUAAUGCCAUGUUUUUCCAUCAAUGAUUCACAACUAUUUUUAUGUAUUUAUUUAUUUUAGUGACAGAUGCUCAUGAUUCCCUUGUUUGUCUCAAACAGUUAAACUGCCUGCUACUCCAGAAAAAUCCUUCAGCUCCCACUUAUUCUUUGGCCUCAUCUUCUUACAUUAAGGAAAACUGUGGUACUCGUGCAGCUAUUAAAGAAGGUUCAAACAUUUCUAUCUGUAGUAUUAGGGUACUUUUAUUAGUAUUUUUUUCCUUUUUUAAAUAAAAAAUGUAUUUUAUUUAAUAAAUGAAACUUAUUUUCUCUUAAAUAUAAAGUAUUACUCAAGUUCUUUCAUAAAACAAAAACGUAGUAAGAUUUUAAUAUUUGGAUUUGUGAUUGUGGAACUUGGCAAGCAACAGAAUCGGAUUUAUUAGAACAAAACUCCUAAAAUAUCUUGUCAAAGCUUUAUAGUAUAGGACAAUGUUACAUGGGUUAAACCAUUUGUAACACUUUAAAAUUUCUGCAGUGAUUAAUUCUGCAGUGAGUUGGGCAGCUGUGGUUAGCACCCGGACAUCCCUUUUAGACGGCUUUCUUUUGUGUCUUAUGUCUUGGUGCUAUGCUGACAUUACCCUGGAUAUCGUGGCUCUUGAUACAGAAAGACUCAGAAAGACUUGCUGUCUGUGUCACAGAUGCGCCAGCAAGACAUGCACCAACAAUUUGUCCUCUUUUGAACUCAUAAUCACCCAUAAUGUUGUGUGCAUUGCAAUAUUUAAAAAAACCUGUGCUAUUACUGUGCCAUUAAACCUCCUACACUAAAUUG